UUCUUCUUCAACUCUUCUAUGCAUUCCCACUAAUUAUGAAAACCUAGCUACCCAAGUGACACAUAGCAACUUCUUGCAGUUACAUACCAAAGACAACCUUUUAUUUCUUCACAAACACAAUGCCUUCUUAAGACCUACCUGAGAUUUCCAUUUAUAUGUCAUGGCUUCCAAGUCUUUCACAAACCUAUCAACCACAUCCACUUUCUUUUUCUCCUUGAACAAAGAAUGAAUCUUUACUCUUUUUAACACGAAAAGCUAGCCUUUUUCCCUCUACUUAGUAUUGGCUUCCACUCAAAAAACAAAGACCCAGAAGAGCAGUAUUACACCAAAAAUCCAAGCCAAACCAUAAAAAUGGAAUCUUUUCACCCUGCUAUGAACUUACCCUUUUCCUAUACUUUCUCUACAACUCUCACUGCUAGUAGUAGUAGUGGUACCACUGCCACAUCCAUCACUAAUACCUGGAUGGACCCUAGGAUUUGGAGCAAACUCCCACAGAGACUUCUAGAUCGUGUGCUUGCUUUUCUUCCACCACCAGCCUUCUUUCGUGCUCGUUCUGUCUGUAAAAGAUGGUAUGCACUCUUGUUCGCUGACACUUUUCUUGAAUUAUAUCUCCAAGUAUCUCCAAGACACCAUUGGUUCCUAUUCUUCAAGCACAAAACCCUCAAGAGCUACAUUUAUAGGAACAAUACUAGUAGUGGAGAUCAAGGUGACAUUAAUGUUAGAGCACCACCAUGCGAAGGAUAUAUCUUUGAUCCUUAUGAUAUCACAUGGUACCGCCUUUCUUUUGCUUUGAUUCCCCCAGGGUUUUCACCAGCUUCUUCCUCUGGUGGCUUAGUUUGUUGUGUUUCAGACGAGGCUGGUCCAAAAAGCAUAAUCCUAUGUAACCCAAUUCUUGGUUCUCUAACUCAAUUGCCUCCAACACUUAGACCAAGGCUUUUCCCUUCUAUUGGACUAACUGUUAGUCCUACAUCCAUAGAUGUUACAGUUGCUGGUGAUGAUAUGAUUUCUCCUUUUGCAGUGAAGAAUUUAACAGCUGAGAACUUUCAUAUUGAUGGGGGUGGAUUUUAUUCAAUAUGGGGUACAAAUUCUUCACUGCCAAGGCUUUGUAGCCUUGAGUCGGGUAGAAUGGUUUAUGUAGGAGGAAAAUUUUACUGCAUGAACUUCAGCCCAUUUAGUGUUUUAGCUCAUGAUGUUGCAGCCAAUAUAUGGUGCAAGAUUCAAGCUCCAAUGAGAAGGUUUUUGAGGUCACCAAACCUGGUUGAGAGUAAAGGAAAACUACUCUUAGUUGCUGCAGUUGAGAAAAGCAAGCUAAAUGUACCGAAAAGCUUUAGGCUUUGGAGCUUGCAAUCAUGUGGGACUACAUGGAUUGAAGUUGAGAGAAUGCCACAACAACUCUAUGUUCAGUUUGCUGAAUUGGAAGGUGGAAAUGGGUUUGAUUGUGUUGGUAAUGGAGAGUUUAUUGUGAUUAUGAUUCGAGGGUCAGAUAAGGCAUUGUUGUUUGAUAUUUUUAGGAAGAUUUGGCAGUGGAUUCCUCCAUGUCCGUACUCUCAAGAUGGUGGUGUUGGUGGUAGCUAUGGACGAGAUAGUGAAUUGCAUGGUUUUGCUUAUGAGCCUAGACUGGCUACACCAGUCACUGGUCUUCUAGACCAGCUCACCCUUCCAUUUCAGCCUUUCAAUGGUUAGAAGGUCCACUUUCCUAAAAGAACAAAAAAUAGUUGGUAGGUCCAAAUUGGUGUGAUGUUAGACUUGGUGGUAGCAUAAGCUUUUAGGCUUGCAGUACUGUAAU